UUAAUCUUAAAACCAUAACCUUCAUAGCAUCAAAUAAAAACAGCUGCUUCUCUCUCUAGCACAUCACAGAUGUUCUGCUGUAUGUAGAACAGAUGUCUAGUGUUCUUUUCACGUUAUCCGCUCACUUAAUGCUUUUUAAGUAUUUAUUGAUCCUGGCACUAGAUGUACCCAGAUAGAAAGAUGUUGUUCCGUCUCUUGCAGACUGCACGAUGCACAAGGAAGCAGCCCUGAGAGGUGAUGUAAGAAGUCAGCGCACAGGAAACUGAACACACACACAAGGAUGCUUUGAGAGAUCUGAAGGCAGGGCAGUAGCUGUAACUACGGAUCCAGAUGGACACAGCAGAUAUGAAAGCCAGGCUGGCAUCCUUGGAGAUGAAGGUCUGGAGCUGGGACCCCCGGUCACAGGCGUGAAUGGGGGUCUGAACCAGGCUGCCCACCCCAAGACCAUGACAACAGCCCAGGGUGGCCAUGGGCAGGGUGCCACAGCCACUAGCUCAGCCUCCAACCUGAAGGCCCCCAACAUGGUGACAUCCUCAGCAUGUCAGAAUGGAGGCUGCAAGGGCAGCCCAAGCGGUGAGCCUGAAGCUGCGGAAACCAGGCUCAGCCCUUCCAAGCUGGUGCGUCUUUUCUCGGGGAGUCGGAAGAGGAUGAGUACCCACUCUGAGAGGCCUCGCUCGGUGGUCCUGGUGGGGAAUUCCUCCACGUGGAAUGCCUUGGCCUCCUUCCGUAAAAUGGGAUCUUUUAAAAGACUGAAAUCCUCUGUCCUUCAGGGAAUUCAGAGCCGGGAGGGGGCAGAUGUUUCCAAGGAAGAACCAGCAGGAGACUCGGGAAGGGCUGCUCCCAAUGGCACCAUGGCCAUCCUGGGAAAGGGCCUAGGCAGGUGCCCAUCCUUGGGGCCUGCAGGGGAUGGGGCCGGUUCCGACUGCUCAGACCCUGAGGACACAGAGGAUGCCUUCCAGAGAAGCACGCACCGCUCACGCAGCAUUCGCAGGGCCUAUGGCCUGGGCCGCAUCAGCCUGCUGGAUCUGGGGCGGCAGCCAGCACCGGAGCCCGCCCUGUGCGAGAUCCAUGUGAGCGACCCUGAGCCCAGUGGCGCUGUGCCUCUACCACGCAGAAGUAAGAGCAUCGACAGCUUGAGUGUCCUGAAGAACUCCUUCAAGCGUAAAUCUGCGUCCAACCUCACAGAACUGUCGGGUGACAGGCCGAUUCCCCCCAGGACCCUGAGCAGCUCAUCCACUGACUCCGAGAAGCCAGGCGGGUCCCAGAGACGGACCAGACGCUGGAGGAGCCCCAUCCGGGCCAAAGACUUCGACCGGGUCUUAAGACUGGUUAGCAACGUCAAGGAUGCAGCCUGGAAGAGGGAGGCCCCCAGGAGUGCAGCCCCUAGCCCAGAUUCCGAUCCAGGGGAUGUGAACCCGCCACUGGGGCCACGCAGCAAGCUACACGAUGACUACUCACGCCGCACCAGCAGCAGUGUGGAGCCGGAUGCCAGGCGGGGUGGCCCUUUGUCCACACCCUGUGUUCCCCCACCAUGCACCGCCACACCCAGCGCAGCCCAAGAACCCCACCUGGAUGUGGACACCGCAGUAUUUCCCCUGGAAACCAAAAGUGCUCAGCCCCUGGGAAAUAACGAACCUCGAGCCAGCAGCCCCUCACCGAGUCUCACAGACCCGGAAGGGUUGGGCCAAGCCUCCAAUGAGGCAGCCGCGGGCAGCCGGCUUCCCUUGGACCCUCUGCAGCUUGCCACCCCUCUGAGGCCCACCACGCCCAAGCCCCAGAGCCCCCAGAGCCCAGGGAGUACUAAAUGCCCCAGUAGUCUAAGUGUGAUGUCCCUCAGCUCAGCGGAGAGUGAAGAAAGAACAGAGGAUGCUGCCCCCAGGCAGCUAGGACCCGCAUCCCUCCAGGAUGCUGUGCGAACCGCGGCGGGUGAUGAGGGAGGAGAAAGUCAGGACGGCUCUUUUCCGGUCGCCAAUCCGGAAGAGAGGAAGGAGGAGGUGGCGAAUGGGGAUGACUGGCCGCAGGGUUCAGCCCAGGAGGAGGAGCAGACCGAGGUGCCCCGCAUCUCCAGGAGGAGAUGGGGCUCAGGAAGGCGCACCCGGCCGCGGCCACAGUCCGACUACGGCCAGCUGGCCAGCAGGAGCUUGUCCAUUCCUGAAGAUGCCAUUGCUGCAGACCCUCCAGAUGACGACCAUGUGGACAGAAUGCACCCGUCAAGAGUGACCCCCACCAGCCAGGAUCCACGUGCCCCCUCAGGCUCUUCCAGGGGGGCCCGGAGAAGGCGACCAAUAUCUGUGAUUGGAGGGGUCAGUUUCUAUGGCAACACCCAGGCAGCGGAUGUGGAGAACCUCUUGGUCCAACCAGCAGCCAGGCCUCCCGUGCCUGCACACCAGGUUCCACCCUACAAGGCUGUAUCAGCCUGCCUCCGGCCCUUCACCUUUUCCCAGAGCACUCCCAUCGGGCUGGACCGCGUGGGGCGCCGACGGCAGAUGAAAGCAUCCAAUGUCUCUUCAGAUGGAGGUGCAGAAUCUUCGGCCUUAGUGGAUGACAAUGGUAGUGAGGAAGACUUCAGCUAUGAAGAACUCUGCCAAGCCAACCCUCGGUACCUGCAGCCAGGCGGGGAACAGCUGGCCAUCAACGAGCUCAUCGGCGAUGGCAGCGUGGUCUGUGCAGAAGCACUGUGGGACCAUGUGACCAUGGACGACCAGGAACUGGGCUUCAAGGCUGGGGAUGUCAUCCAGGUCCUGGAAGCCUCUAACAAGGACUGGUGGUGGGGCCGGAAGGAAGAUAAAGAGGCCUGGUUCCCUGCAAGCUUUGUUAGGCUUCGAGUCAAUCAGGAGGAGUUGCCGGAGAGCUGUCGCAGCUCCCGUGGGGAAGAGCAGGACGAGGACACCAGCAAGGCCCGCCACAAGCACCCGGAGAGCCAGCAGCAGAUGCGCACCAACGUCAUCCAGGAGAUCAUGAACACCGAGCGCGUGUACAUCAAGCACCUUAAGGACAUCUGUGAGGGCUAUAUCCGACAGUGUCGUAAGCAUACGGGAAUGUUCACGGUUGCGCAGCUAGCCACUAUUUUUGGAAACAUUGAAGACAUUUACAAAUUCCAAAGAAAGUUUCUGAAAGACCUUGAGAAACAGUACAACAAAGAGGAACCUCACUUAAGUGAAAUAGGAUCCUGCUUUCUUCAGCACCAAGAGGGCUUUGCCAUCUACUCCGAGUACUGCAACAACCACCCGGGUGCCUGUGUGGAGCUGUCCAACCUCAUGAAGCAGAGCAGGUACCGGCACUUCUUUGAGGCCUGCCGCCUGCUCCAGCAGAUGAUUGACAUCGCCUUGGAUGGCUUCCUCCUCACACCGGUGCAGAAGAUCUGUAAAUACCCGCUGCAGCUGGCCGAGCUGCUCAAGUACACCACCCAGGAGCACAGCGAUUACAACAAUAUCAAGGCAGCUUAUGAGGCCAUGAAGAAUGUGGCCUGCUUGAUCAAUGAACGCAAGCGCAAGCUGGAGAGCAUUGACAAGAUUGCCCGCUGGCAGGUGUCCAUCGUAGGCUGGGAGGGCCUGGACAUUCUAGACCGAAGCUCCGAGCUGAUUCAUUCAGGGGAGCUGACCAAAAUCACCAGGCAGGGCAAGAGCCAGCAGCGGAUCUUCUUCCUAUUCGACCACCAGCUGGUGUCCUGUAAGAAGGACCUGCUACGCAGGGACAUGCUCUACUACAAGGGCCGCAUGGACAUGGACGAGGUGGAGCUCGUGGAUGUGGAGGAUGGGCGGGACAAGGACUGGAACCUCAGCAUGCGGAACGCCUUCAAGUUGGUCAGCAAAACCACAGAUGAGGUGCAUCUGUUUUGUGCCAGAAAGCAAGAAGACAAGGCCAGGUGGCUGCAGGCCUGCGCAGAUGAGAGGCAGCGGGUGCAGGAGGACCAGCAGAUGGGAAUGGAAAUCCCAGAAAAUCAAAAGAAACUCGCCAUGUUGAAUGCUCAGAAGGCUGGACAUGGGAAAUCUAAAGGCUACAGCAGCUGCCCCGUGGCCCCACCCCACCAGAACCUGCCACCCCUCCACCAGCGCCACAUCACGGUGCCUACCAGCAUCCCACAGCAGCAGGUCUUUGCCUUGGCUGAGCCCAAGAGGAAGCCGUCACUCUUCUGGCACACCUUCCACAAACUCACCCCCUUCAGGAAGUGAGCCUUACUCAGGGUGUGCCUCCGAAGUGCUGUUGGGAAGGAAGACCCGUUUCGUCUCUUCAGUGUGAUGUCCGGGGAUGGCUUCUUGCUCAGUGCUGAACACUUCUUGUGGGAAUCAAUGAUGAAGAGGAGUCAGACUCCUCUUUGAUCUUGAGAGGCCCCGGUGCCCCUUGUGGAAAGGAGGAGGCCAUGAAGGUCUGUCCCACACUGGAAGCCACGUUGCACUGUCUGGUGGCUGGGAUGUAGGGACCAGGGCCUCUCUCUGUACGGGGACUGCUGACUCCGUGGCCCUUCGAAUUUACCGCUGACUGUCACAGUCCUGCUUCAGUUCCAGACAGUACCAAGAGCCUUUCGGUCCCUCGGGAGCAGCUACAGUAAGGAUGGCUUCUGUGUUUGAUCUUCAGGAACCCAUUGACAAGAGAUUGCGUAGGACAUUGGCAGCCACAGGAUGGCUUGGGUCAGGUCAGGCCUGGGAGAGACAAUGAAGGAGCUGGAGCUGCUGGGCAGGUGCCCGCAGUUUUCCAAGGUGUAGCAGGAUUCAUCUUGCAAGGUUCCUUAUUCACAAGCUAGGGAGGGACGGCAGGAGGCCCCUGUCGCCCUGGCAGUGUGGGGCAUGACAGCAUCCUCAAAGCAGUGCUGCAUUCCAGACUCUAAGGAAGGGCACUGCCCGCUCGUUUGUCCCUCUCAGCUCUUCGAGCGGAGGUCAUGUCUUGCUCACCCAUCACAACCCAAGACGCUGCCAUUCACAGAAGCAGUGGCGAUGUGAAAAUUCUUUCGAGUUUGAUAACGUGAUAAUGUGCACCUGUGCCUCUUCAACAGACAUUUGUAAUUUCACCGUCAGUGAGAUGAUGAUGAAGACACAGACAUUCCACAGAGACAACAAGGGACAAAAACGUCCUGCUUCCCGGGGAUGUGGAGACACCUCUGUCACAUGACCCUGACACAGCAGUGCAUGGCCGUGCCAGCUGGAGAUUCGUUUUGAUGACUCCUUAGCUCCGAGGGAGCUGUCUUUUAACGAAGGCCACACGGGCUGACACCCACCUCCCUUUGCUGACAUUGUGGAGUUUGAUCAAAACGUCUUUUAACGAGAUCUAAGGAAGACUAGUUCUACAUUUUAAUCUACACAGUGAGCUGGCCGGGAGGGGUCCUGCUGUGCAGCUUGUGCAUUCUUUUGGACAAGCUUGUUCUUGUGUGCUGUUCCUGCAAGGUUCUCCUCUCUCCCCAGCUCUUGCUUGAGAACAAGCAAGUCUGCAGUGGUAGAGACGAAGGCAUUGGUCCAUCAGUACCGUUCCUCCACCCUGUCCCCCGUAUCUAAAGCUAUGCCUGCAGCAAGUGACCUCACAGCAAAUAACCUUGAUCCUGGACCUGGGAUUAGCCUCCCCCCUGCUGUGCAUCCGGGGCAUGUUCACUUAGAGGCAACACCGCUGGGGAUUGUGGUCAGUGGCCCCACGGCUGUUUCUGUGUAUCAUGAAGUAGUUCAGUGCGCAGAGUGUAGAGUGUGUGAAUGUGUGUGUGUGUGUGUGUGUGUGUGAGAGAGAGAGAGAGAGAGAGAGAGAGAGAGAGAGAGAGAGAGAGAGAAUCCUUGAAUAGAUGCAUCAACUUAGCUGCAUUUGUGUAACUGACAGAUUGUUUUUGUUUUUUUUUUUACUAAUAGAAUGCAAUGAUAUAUUUUGGAAAUUGCUAUACUUGGUGUGUUUUCUCUGCUACACUGUGUAUGUACAGCAGUUUCAACAGUUGUGUUGUUAAUAUGAGAAUUGCUUUAAGGAAGUGAAGAGAGUCUUUUGGUCCUGUUCACAUUCACUGAGGAUUUGACUUGAGUCUCACUGCAGACUUCAUUUGCUGUUACAACUAAUGGCAGUGAAGAAGUAAUACAUUACGUUUGUGACCAGUCCUAAUGUAUUUCCCAGCUGCCCUAACUUCCGGUUCCCACCUACCUCCACAGACCUCCUAACAAUCCCGAACACCAGGAUGUGUUUAUAUUGAGUCACAUUCAAGACCUGGGCUGGCCCCAGGCGAUUUUAUACAGUGUGAGAAGUGUUUGAUCAAAUGUCUGUCCCAGAUGAAUCUUACUUGGGAUUUCUGGGUGAUUUUGAAAACUAAUGUGUUUUUAAAAGUUAUAAUGGCCUUUGACUUUGUAAAAUCUGUAUGUCUAUAUGAAUUUUAUUACCAAAUACCUGAGUUCUACAAAAAGUGGAAGACCUUGAGUAUUAUUUUCAGUUCUCCAAACUUCCUUCUUGAUUUAAGGCAUGCGCUCUACUUUGAAAGGAAAAAAAGAGAAGCAACCAAGAGCCUCUUGCCGGAACGGUGUCUGAUGCUUACAAACAACAUUCCCUCCCUCUCCCUCAGUGGGCCAAAAAAGAUUGGUGACUUAAAUUUUAAUGAUUUCAUUUGUUCUGUCUUUAGAGGUCCAUAAUUUUCCAGCUCUGCCAAUACAGUUGAAGGCCUCCCUGGUUUAGAUUAUACCUAUAGGUAUGACCACCAUGUGGUAGGUGAAAAGUGAUCGUAAAUAACACUUGAAAGUCUAGAGAAAGAAGGAACAUUCCAGGCUGGGAUCAAAAAGUAAAAGAAAGUGGCAGACAGCUAGUCGGGGUUCUCAAGAGAUUCUGCCCCUUAGAUGUGUCAUUCGUUCUGAUUUUCAUUUCUGCAUGGUAGAUCUGCUUCUGCAGGUGAGACCCAUCACCACUAUGGAAUGCCAUUUCUAAAUGCUGUGCCUUUUAAUAUCCAAGCCAUUCAAGACCGAUUCCACAUCCUCCGUUGCUGUUGUUACAUGCAAAGCAAAGAUGUAUUUAAUUUGAAAUUGGGUUCACAGUGGACAUCUUUUCUAAGUGCCAGUGCUCCAGCAUCUGUGCAUUUGGACAUCUGCGCCUGGAUGUUUCUCAGGACAGGUCAGUCCUGUUGCAGUCAGAGUUUCCUGGAGUCAGGGCAUGGCUUCUGCAUUGUGGCUUCAUCGUGGAUAGGAACAGCAGAAGUGUCCCUCAGGCCAGUGCCAAGAAGUAUGAGUCAGGGUCUUUCAGCAGCUUAAAGCCAGGAUGCUGGGUACAGUAUGCCCACAAACUGUUUCUUCUCAGGAUCCAGGGAAAGGGGAGUUGAAAGACUUAGGACAAAGUAAGUAGAAACUUCUAGCUAGUCUUAGGGGGAGAAUCAGCUUAUAUAAUGUAUGUAUGUAAAUUUGCUUACCCAUCCCAUGUACUUCAUUAUUGCCUCUAUGUUCUCUUAGGCAUUGCCAUUUAUGUUUAGGACGUACUUUGGGCCGCUUCUGUAAUUUAAUAGUUGGUCCCUUUUGGGGGGUACAUACUGGUGCCCACUGUGCGGGACUUGCUGACCGACCCUCUCGGCUGUGCUUUUGGUGAUAACUAAUCCACAUUGGGGUGCUGUCGUCUGUGUAAGUCAAGUGCUGCUCCUGAGUUGGCGAGUCGGCUUUGACACUGAAAUAGGGCCCGUGUACAAGACUGUGCAUUUUUGCUGAAUGAAGGGUUUUUGUUGUUGGUUUUUUUUUUAAAAAAAAAUAGUUAUUUGAUUUCUUGUAAAUGCUGUGAAUCUCUAUUUGUCAUUUUGUAUCUGUAUAUUAAAAUAAUUUGCCAAA